UUCUUAUUAUUUUUUUUUUUUUUUUUUACAUUGAGAUCUUACACAAAGACCAAACAUGUUGCCUUCGCAAGAAGCCUCCAAGAUCUACCAUGACAACUACAUGCGCAACUCGCGUGCCAUCGGCGUGCUGUGGGCCAUCUUCACCAUCUGCUUCGCCAUCGUCAACGUGGUGGUGUUCAUUCAGCCCUACUGGAUCGGCGACAGCGUCAACACGCCGCAGGCCGGAUACUUCGGCCUGUUCCACUACUGCGUGGGCACGGGGCCGUCGCCCAGUCGCGAGCUGACGUGCGUGGGCAGUUUCUCCGACUUCAGCUCCAUCCCGUCCGGAGCCUUCAAAGCGGCGUCGGUCUUCGUGCUGCUGUCCAUGGUGCUGAUCCUCAGCUGCAUCGCAUGCAUGGCGCUCUUCUUCUUCUGCAACACCUCCACCGUGUACAAGACGUGCGCGUGGAUGCAGCUGCUGUGCGGAGUGUGCCUGGUUCUGGGCUGCAUGAUUUUCCCUGACGGCUGGGAUGCAGAGGUGAUCCGGGACAUGUGCGGGGAGCAGACGGGGAAGUACUCCCUGGGCGACUGCUCCGUGCGCUGGGCCUACAUGCUGGCCAUCAUGGGCAUCCUGGACGCUCUCAUCCUGUCCUUCUUGGCCUUCGUCCUGGGAAACCGCCAGACAGACUUUUACCUGGAUGACCUGCAGACAGACAACAAAGAUUUUGCCGUGUCGAGGAUCGAGGUGCGGGACAGAAGAGAGCCGCGGUACGGUGUGCAGCGCCUUCACUGAGUGCAGCCCACACCCACAAGGCCCCACCAUCCUCCUGUGUGUCCUCUGCCCCCCUCCAACUAUCAGGAUCUCACCCAAGCUAAUGCACACACAAGUGUACAGGAUUCUGUAUCAUAGGAAAACAACUCAACUCACUGGGAUAAACUAUAUUUUGGAGAAAAAAAUCUACAAGGUUGUACAGUUCAUUUGAAACAAGUUUCUCAACAGAUACCUUUAUGAAAAAAAAAAAAAAAGAUUUGUGUGAGAAUUUCAAUCCUUAUGAUGAAGAACCAUAAUGUCCUGAUUUUGUCAAGUAUUCCUUUAUUUAAAACAUGUUUUUAGAAGAAGUUCAGUUGUCCAUAGUAUGUUAAUACUUUAGAAAAGGUUGAACUGAGGGUGGCAUUUUAAUAGCAAGGACCACCAAGUGUUUGGACAGGGACCCAUAUGGCUCUUCAUCUAAGGACACAAGUGAGAGGAGUACCCCAUUGCAGCUUUACCGAACAUCUCUGGGAGAUUCUCUAUUGUACAUAUGAAACCAUGUAAAUAACAUUUCUGCUGACAACAAAACCUCAUCUGGCUGUAAGGCAUCAGAGUAUAGUACUUCUACCCUUGGUUUCCAUGUUCCUUCUGCCAGAAGAGCAUUCCAAUAUGUGCAGAUCCAUUGUAUCAUAUGACUCCUAAGUGGGAUUCAGAAUAGACUAAACCAAACUGGGAUUUUCAGUUGUAGUCCACACCUAUAGACAGAGCAGGUCACUGUGUUACUUCAGUACACAAAAAUGUGAUUUUGUGUUUGCUUUAAGUCCUAAUUGUAGACCCCAACAGUAGACAUGGAUAGUCAAGUCACUCAUGUUUCUUAUAGAUUACUACUGUCACUGGUGUCAGGAGUUUACUCUGCAGAUGUCCGAAGACUAUAGCCCUUUACAGACUUCAGCUCUGGACUGUCAGAUCAGGCAAUAGUGAAAGUGAAACAUUACAAGGUAUAGUGUAUUUUUCUGACCUCCAGGGGGCAUCCUCAGGUGUUCUUAGCACAAGUUGAGGUAAGAUGAUUGAUAUCUGUAAAAGGCUUGCAAAAAAUCCCUGGAUUUGCCUUCUAUCAGUGGGAAGCCCCAAGUGCUGCAUCAUCUUAAGGUGCUGUCUCGUACCUAUGUUUGCCACUUUCGAUAUUUCAACAGUAAAUCUCUUUAUACUUAACUUAUUAACAUGAGGGCAUUUCAUAGCCCUCACACACUCAUGUAGUCAUUGUUGUAGUGUAAUGAACAUCAGGCAAUUGCAAAUAUUUGUGGAUACAGUUAAGUUGGGAAAAUGUGUGAGAACUAGGAAGCUGAAAUUUGGAGAGUUCUUUUAGUAUAGGAAAACAAUGGUCUUCACUUAGAAUAUGUAAAAGCACGAAGCCCGGUCUUGAUAGAUUUAUGCAGCUGAUGUUUUGCCACAAACCUGCAGUAACCUUAAAGCCCUCCAGGGGGUUGUCGGACAGUGGAACUGUCGAUUACAUGACCGUAAUUUGAGAAAGAAUCAUUACGUUGCAUAAAGUUUCUAAUGAGACUGUGGUUUAUUCACAUGUGGUAGACAGCCCUGGUUUGUAAUGUUUGGUGACUAACGCUAACUUCCCAUUGAGCAUUUGAGCCACUGUUCCUCACAGUACCAGCCUUUAGAAUACUGAUCUUCUAUUCAGGAACUCUGGAAGGGUCUAUUGCCACAAAUCAGACUGUAAAAUGCACAUUUGGACAUAUUAAUGAACAAGUAUCCAUUAGUAUUUCAAAAAGACUUUCAAAGCAGGUUUCCUUGCUAAGAACCUCCUGAGAUGCCCCCUUCAUGUUUCACCAUGGAGGUGUUUUUGCACAGUGCCAGAACAGUUUUUUAUCUGUCCUGGCUUAACAAUACUCUGAGCUUUCUUAUGCUGUGACGGCCUUAAAGACACCAAGCAGAAGUGUUAGAAUAAUGGUCUUAUCCCUUAUAGAUUAGUAAUAUUAUUUAUUUGUGUAGCACCACCAAAAACAAGAUGCUAUGACUGUGAAAUUUAACUCAGAUAGUCACACCCACAACAGUCGAAUUUGAUGUAGCAUUGAAGCACCAGUGACAUAUACGUUUACAAGUACGUUGUAAAUGCUGCAAAACUGGUUAUGAAAAAGUUGACCAGUCGGUGACACAAAAGCCAGAGUCGACAGGCAGCUUACACAGAUUCAAAUUAACUAUUCUUAAAGACACCAACCUUUUUUAUCAAGAGUUGCCUUCAUUCUAAACAUUUACAAAACACUUUGAGACUUUUGAGAGAUUACUUCAGCACAAACUAUUGCAACACAGAGGGACAGAUAAGAUUUUAUGUUUCUUUUUGUUAUUUUUCCAUUACUGGGAUGGUACAACUUUGGAAAACAAGAAUGGUGGAUGACCUUUUACUUCCACAAAGACAAUAGGCCUGAAUGAAUCGUUAAUUUUCCAAGCUGCAUUUUUGACAGGAUUUUGGGUUGAAUCAUGUUUAGGGAAGGCCUUAACUAUGUACAUUAUCUCUAAGGUCACCAUAACAUGCCUCUUUGAACUGUAUUGGACAUAUGAACUCAAACUCAAGAGACUCAUUUUACCAGAUUAACAAUUUUAUGCAUUUUCAGAGUGUGGAGGAGUCAAAAUCAUGUAUUUAACGCUAGGCCUAUGUGUGUCCAAACCCCAUACUAAAUCAUGAGACAGUAGCUAGAUGUCCUGUGUGUUCUUGACCGUAAGCUGGCAAGCUCUCAGGAAGCUGUUUACUCUGUACUGUAUUAAAGGCUCAUUGUGAAACCAAUCAUGACUCAAAUCUAAGCGUACUCCAUUCUGAACUAAAGUAUGGGCCUUUAACAGACGUCUACCAAUGCUGUCCAUGCACGCUCUGCACAGACCUUACCUAGAAAAAUUGUGCUCUUGGCUUUUUUCAACCACCGUAGGGUAGGAGUACUGGGCCCUCAUUAAAACAUUUCUACUUUAACCCUAAACUAGGCUGGCUGGCCACUCAAAUCCAAAUCUUUGUGUUAUCGCAAGCAAAUUCAGUACAGAGAUACAGCCUACAGGAAAUCUUAAACUUCCGAAAAACGAAUCCUGAAGUCAAAUUCCCUAAUCAAUUUUGAGUAAACUUGAUUAUGUUUACAGGAUUUUAACAAAUAGAUAUUUAUGGGUGGCUAGCCAGGCUAUUCUUAACCAACUUUACCAGAUAAAGAAAAAAUACAAAUGAUUGAAUAUCUACAGACCUCUUUUACUUGGUAUUGCAAGACUUGUUUUUGCUUUUGAUAUGUUUGUGAGAAAAGGCGUGCACUCGCUGACAGAUCAGCAUGGGGAUUUUUUAUACCUGAAGUUUGCAUUAACCAAUGUCUCUCAUACAUUAUGUAUUGUGACUAAGACAUCUACAGUGAUCCUAUAGUGUGUGUCUCUCAUACGGAAAUACUUUGAUGGGCCCAGGACUUAUUUUAUGAAACUAAAGGCGUGCGAUUGGUCUGGUCUACUCUCUGGGUCUCUGCUCCUGAGGACUUGAUGAUGAACUAAAAAAAAACAAAAAAAAAAACAACCUUAACAAGGAACUUACAAUACCUUAACCCUGAUGAGCACAUCUUUGUACCACAACAGGUGCCUCGAAGAACUCUUGAUUUCAUUCAGAUGUGGUGCAGAACCAGCAAAACAAGUAGUGACACUGUAGUUUUUUCUACUGAAGACUACCACUGAGCUCGGAGUCUAGAGGGAGGUUUUUCUGCAAGAUAUGAGGUCAAUUCAGUGUCAAAAAGUGAAAAGAUGUUUUUCCAAAUUGUGUUUUUGAUAUGAUGCUAGUUCAAACAUUAGCACUUUUUUAAGUAAUCGGACCCCAAUGCUGAAUUCACCUCGAUCUCAAACUCUCCAAAAGACAUGAAGAAUAUUUAAUAGCAAAUACAUGGAGUCGAUGAGAAGUCAUUUUUCAAUUUCGAGCAACAAACUCAUACUUGUUGCAUAUGUAAAUGUCAU